GUCCGUAUGAUUAUAAAUCUUAAUCAUAUCAUUUCCCCCUAUAAUAACGUACUUAAAAUUAUUAAUACUACUAUUAUUGUUAAUCUCUCCGCCACAUAAUAAGACCACUAUAUAAACGUUUACUCCAUUAAUGUACUGUAAUCGAAUCGACAAGUCUCUCUCUUCUCUCUCUCUAUUCAAAAAUUAUACCGGCAAAAAUGGACGAUCAACCGCCGCUGAUCUGGCCCCAGUUUGACUCUACCGGAUAUGCUCGCCGGAGAUCAUCGAUUCCGGCGAUUUUAGUUCCGGCGAUGAUCGGAGUAACUUCAGCGGCGAUUUUUCUUGUCUUUGUGACCUUCGUCGUUCCUACGUUUCUCUCAGUCACAUCUCAGAUUCUUCAGCCAGCUUCGGUGAAGCGAGGAUGGGAUUCGAUAAACGUGGUUUUAGUGGUUUUCGCGAUUCUCUGCGGCGUACUCGCUAGACGAAACGACGACGGAUUGUCUUCGGAGUCUUUACACGGCGGAGAAGAAGAAGAAGUAGGAGGAGGAGCCGUUACGAAUGGUGAAAUGACCGUCGGUGAGAUUAGCAAAAUCUCAUCCUCGUCGUCGACGGUUUCAGAGCAGUGGUUUGAUGACGUGUAUGAUUCUGAUAGGCUUAAGAUCUAUGAGAGUGUAAGUAGUCGAAGUUUUUCUCAUGGAUUACCGGUUACCGGGAAUGUACCGUUGAGGCGUAGUAGUAGCUCUUAUCCUGAUCUCAGACAAGGAGUUUUUAGAGAAACUGGCGAUCGACGGUUCCGGUUUUAUGAUGAUUUCGAAAUCGAUAAGUACCGAUCGCAGGAUUCGAGUUCUUACCAACAAUUUCAGAAUCUUUCUAAAACUGAAAUCGAGGAAGAAGAAUCUGAGCCUAAAGAGAUUCAGAUUGAUACGUUCGUUGUAAAACCGUCUUCUCCGCCGCAACAACCACCGGCAACACCACCACCUCCUCCCCCACCUCCGCCGGUUGAAGUUCCGCAGAAACCGAGAAGGACUCAUCGUUCUGUUAGAAACAGAGAUUUACAAGAAAACGCCAAACGCAGUGAGACUAAGUUUAAACGAACGUUUCAGCCUCCGCCGUCACCACCGCCUCCACCGCCCCCACCACCUCCUCAGCCGCUUAUAGCCGCUACGCCACCAAGAAAACAAGGAACUCUUCAAAGAAGAAAGAGCAAUGCGGCGAAAGAGAUUAAAAUGGUUUUCGCUUCUCUGUAUAAUCAAGGGAAGAAGAAGAAGAAGCUUCAGAAAUCGAAGAGAAAAGAGAGAAUCGAAUCUUCUCCGAUGGUGGAAGAUGUAACGGAACCACCGCAAUACCAAUCGUUAAUCCCACCACCGUCUCCGCCUCCUCCUCCACCACCACCUCCGCCUCCAUUGCGAUCGUCACAAUCAGUAUUCUACGGAUUGUUCAAGAAAGGAGUUAAGAGCAACAAAAAGAUUCAUUCCGUUCCGGCGCCGCCUCCACCUCCACCGCCGAGAUAUACCCAAUUUGAUCCUCAGACACCACCACGGAGAGUGAAAUCCGGAAGACCUCCGCGUCCGACGAAACCGAAGAAUUUCAAUGAAGAGAACAACGGCCAAGGAUCUCCGUUAAUCCAAAUUACGCCUCCACCUCCACCACCGCCUCCGUUUAGAGUUCCGCCGCUAAAAUAUGUCGUGAGUGGUGAUUUCGCGAAGAUACGGAGUAAUCAGAGCUCUAGAUGUAGCUCCCCUGAACGGGAAGUGUUCGAUAUCGGUUGGGGUCUAGAACUCACACAAUCUGAUGGCGGAGUUGAGACUAAAGCUGCCGUCAGCGGCGGCGGUAUGCCGGGAUUCUGCCCAAGCCCGGACGUUGAUACGAAAGCCGACAAUUUCAUUGCCAGGCUUAGAGAUGAGUGGAGGCUCGAUAAGAUCAAUUCCGUGAAUAGAAAGAGGUAACUGGGCUUUUUAAGGCCUAUUAUUAGGCCCAUUACGAAAACGGCGUAGGUUUCAACCUCUUAUGCCCUGCAAGGCUGUGCAAUGCACAAGGAUCUCAUACGAGAAACAUCUUCAAGGGAAGUCGGUAAAAAUUGUUGGAGAUAUUUUAUAUUUGAUUGGCGAAAUUCGUUGUGAUUUUAAGCAAUGUGCAGCAAGGACUCGAGUUCAAAAGUUACGGGUAAUAUUGGCAUUAUUGGUAUAGUUAUUAGUGGUAAAUGGUUUCAAACUGGCUGGUUAGUUUUUUGGGUUUAACCGGUUGAGGGAUUUUGCUUUGGUGUGUUUUGAUUAUUCGGUUUGAACUUUGGAGUGUCAGAUGAAAACUCAAUAACUUCGGUGUUGAAUGUUUUAUAUUUUGGUUGGUACGCAUUGAUGUAUGUACAAUGUAUGGCCCAUUGAUAUGAAAAUAUAGUUGUGGGCUCUGAGUUUUGUUGGGCCUACCUCUUGUGACCUUUCCCUCUCCCUUACAAGCAAUUCUUCUUCAAGUUGGUUGAUGAUUGUCAUAAUGACUGGUUGUCGUAUGUAUCUCUAAGAAUAAAUUCAUUUGUGUGUUGAGUGAGAUUCUUAUAGCUUACUAGUAAUAUGUAUAUGAUAUGUCAACUGAAUUCAUGUUUUGCA